CAACAACAACAACAAACAACAACAAACGAAAAUAACUUUGAAACGCGCAUCUCAAGAAGAAAAAAGAAUUGAAAGAAUCAGUUUUGGAACACAAACACACACAUUUAUUACACAUUCAUACAUCGAGAAAAUAGAGUGAAGAAUCCAGAAGCCAAGAAUUCCUGCUGGUUCUACUGAUGAUAGCUAUAGCUACCGCGUUAUAUUAUUAUAUUCUGUGAUUCUGUUAUUCUUUAUCCGUGUCUGUGUCUGAUCAUCAUACAUUAAUCCGUUCAAUUUUUGAGUUUUUGUUUUUGUUUGUUUUUUUUGAUUGUUUAUAAUAGUGGUCGUAAUGUCGUUAUCAAAUAACCAAAGGAUUCAUUUGAAUGAAUAAAUUUCUGUUCUUAUCAUCAUGAUGAUUGUCAAAAUUCUCUGUCCAUUCGUUUGGUUUAAUCACCUGUAAAUACCGUCAACCAUCAUAAUCAUCAUUAUUAUUGAUUUGAUUAAUUCAAUUAAUGUCAUAUUCUGAUCUUGAUUUAAGUAUUGAUUUAUUGUCUUUCACGAUUUCUAGUUUGUCAUCAUCAUCAAUGAGAUGAUGAUGACGAAUGAUAAUGAUGAUGAAUUGCAUUAUCAUUUCAUCAUCAUCAUCAAAUAAAUUCGUUCUGGUCAUCAUCGAAAAUUUUUGUCAUGUCAUUCCAUUCUUAUGUUCAUAAUAACGGGAAAAAUUAUCAAGAAUAAUUAAAAAGAAUCCAAAAUUUAUUUUUCAUCAAUUCUCAUUUUCGACAGAAUCAAAGACCUUCAACAACCACCGAAUGGUGUAUAUAUCAAUAACAUCUCACAAAUAACGACAACAAUUUAAUCAGCAAUGUUGAUCAAAGAAUAUCGUAUACCGAUGCCAUUAUCGGUUGAAGAAUAUAAAAUUGCUCAAUUGUAUAUGAUUGCUAAAAAAAGUCGUGAAGAAAGUCAAGGUACUGGAAGUGGUGUGGAAAUCAUACAAAAUGAACCAUAUUCAGAUGGUCCAGGUGGCUGCGGACAAUAUACCUAUAAAAUCUAUCAUGUUGGACAUCAUUUACCUGCAUGGCUAAAGGCAUUAUUACCGAAAUCGGCAUUGACUGUUGAAGAAAAAGCCUGGAAUUCAUAUCCAUAUACCAAAACACGUUAUACAUGUCCAUUUAUUGAAAAAUUUUCAAUCGAAAUUGAAACCAAAUAUUUUGAUGAUUGUGGCCACCAAUCGAAUGUGUUCAAUUUGCCCAACUCGGAAUUAAAUCGACAAAUUGAUUAUAUUGACAUUGUUGAAGAGCAAUUAGUUCCAGCCAGUGAUUGUAAUCAACAGGACGAUGAUCCUCGUUAUUAUAUAUCGACCAAAACUAAACGUGGUCCAUUGUCGGAUAAUUGGAUACAAGAAUAUUGGAAUGAUGGUAAACCAAUCAAACCGAUUAUGUGUGCAUAUAAAUUAUGUCGUGUGGAAUUUAAAUAUUGGGGAAUGCAGAAUAAAAUCGAACGUUUUAUUCAUGAAAGCGCAUUACGUAAAACGAUGCUAAAAGCACAUCAACAGGCAUGGGUUUGGCAAGAUGAAUGGGUCGAUCUAACGAUGGAUGAUAUACGUCGUUUAGAAUUGGAAACACAAGAAUACCUCAAGAAAUGUAUGGCUGAUCAAUCUGAACAACAAGAUCAACAACAAGAACAAGAACAAAUGAAUGAAGAAAAUAAAGAAAAUAUGGCUACAUUUGAAUCUAAUCAUACUUUAGCAGGCUCGACUGGUACCGGCUCGAACAAAGUCAUCAAUCUGAAUGUGAUCGAUAAAGAUAAUGAAAAUAAUUACGAUAAUUUUCUUCAUUUUGAAACGCCCAACAAAUUAUCAUCGGCAUCAGUAUCUAAAAAGAAUUCCAUUUCACAAUAUUCGAUAGGUUCAAGCAAUAUAAGUUCCACACGUCGUGACAGUGAUCUCGAUGUAGGCAGUGAUCAAACGCGAAAACGGAAAUCAUUCCAGUCAAACCUGCAUUCUCCAAGUGAACGCUUAGAUAUCAUUGAAACAUGGCGAAUCGAAACAUUGGCUAGAGAUUCUGAAUCAAGUGAUGAUGAAUUUUAUGAUGCUGAAGAUAUCAACGAUGAAAUUCAAACGAAUAAAAUUAUUGAAGAUGAAAGUGAUGAUAUUUUUUCCACAAAAUUCAAACAACAAUUUCAAUCAGAUUUACAGCAUAAAGUUGUCCGCGAACCUGAAGGUUCAGUAUCAGAGUCUCCACAAUAUUCACCCACGCAUCAACCUACAUGUCCGAUAAGCACAUUGAUUAUAAUUUUGCAUGGUGGCAAUGUUCUCGAUAUGAAUAGUUUGGAUGUAAAUUUGUCAAAAUCUCAUGAUAUUAAUACAUUCAAAACGACGAUGGAUUCAAUUAUUGAAAAACAUUAUUCACAUCUUUGUGGUCGAAUCGCUUUACGUUAUGUUGCUUGUCCGCCCAUUUGUCAUGAAAGCCUAUUGGUCAUGCUAAGUUUAUCACCAUAUUCCGUACAAACUAGUCCAAAUACAGAUUCAGUUUCUCAUACAUUCAAUUCAAUACCGAUCUCGGCAUUACCACUGUUUGCAGUAUCAUCAUUUGAUUAUCAAGAAAAUGUCAUUCAAACCAUAAAUGAAUGUAAUAAAAUCUAUCAGGAAUUUAUCAAAUCCGAUGAUGGCAAAGGUUUUAAUGGCAAAGUAUGUCUAAUAGGUGAUUCGAUUGGCUCGAUUCUAGGAUUUGAUGCUUUAUGUACUGGCUCACAGAACAGUAUCUAUGAUAGUCAAAUAAUUGAUAAUAAUACCAUCAAAGAUGAAUUGAUCAAUAAAAAUAGUUGCCAUCUCUCGAAUCCAAUGAUUUCCAUAAAUGAUUCACAAAAUUCAUCAUCAAAUGAUAAUAACGAUGAUUUGGAUGAUGAUCAAAUGAACAAAAUGAAUCCGUUGGCCAAAUCACGUACAAUGCCGAUGAGUGUUAUAAAUCAAAAUAAUAAUGGCAAACAAAUUCAAAAACAAGUUUAUUGUAAAUCAUUAUCACAUCCUGGUGGUGAUUCUAUUACAUCCACCACAUCGACACAAAGAUCGACAAAUCGUUUGUAUAUUAAUUCAGUUGUUCGACGGCGAAGUUCCGGCUCUUCAGAUUUGGCUGCCAGUAAAUUUGAUUUCGAAGUUGGAGAUUUUUUCAUGUUUGGUUCAAUGAUUGGUGUCGUACUUACAUAUCGUAAAUUGUUAAGUUUGGAUGACAAGAGCUUUUCAUUGAUGAAACCUGCCUGUGGCAAUAUUUACAAUCUUUUCCAUUUGAAUGAUCCAUCAGCAUUACGAUUGGAACCACUUUUGAGUGCACGAUUCUCAUACAUUCCGGCCAUUAAUGUUGCACGUUAUCAGAAAUUUCCUCUUGGCGAUGGACAGCCAAUUCAUUUAUUGGAAUAUUUACAAACAUUUUCCUAUCUGUUUUCCAAUGAAAAUUUACAGGUUUCACAUAAAGAUUUAGUAAGACGUAUUAGCGAAAUCAGUUUGGCUAGUAAUGCACCAAAUUCACCGAUGGAUAAUCUUAAUUUACCCAGUAUUACUUCAAUUACAAAUCGUUGGUGGGGAACAAAACGAAUCGAUUAUACACUAUACAGUCCUGAAGGAUUGAAUAAUUUUCCAACACAUUCAUUACCACAUUUAUUCCAUUCCAGUUAUUGGGAAUCAAGUGAUGUUAUUUCAUUCAUUCUUCGUCAGAUCAAUAAAGUAGAUUUGUUCACUUUAAAUUUCAUAGCUGAUUCUUCGAAAGAAAUUGUUUUCAAGCCAAAUCAAUCUCGAGAAAAAUGGCAACGUAAAAGAACUUCGGUUAAAUUAAAAAAUGUCAAUGCUAAUCAUCGAGCCAACGAUGUUAUUGUCAAAGAAGGUCUGGAACAAGUGAUCACUGGUCGAUUCAUGUAUGGUCCGUUGGAUUUUGUUGCUCUAUCUGGUGAAAAGAUUGACAUCCAUAUGCUUUGUCCAAAAACUGGUCAUUGGAAUUAUUUGGACACUGAACUUACGGAUAAAACGGGCCGAGUUCAAUAUGUGAUUCCUAAAGAAAAAGCUCUGCCAUCAGGAUUGUAUCAAUUUAAAAUGGUGGUUCGUGGUGAUCAUACAUUCUUGGAUCUAUUCAUGGCUGUUGUUCCACCGAAAACAGAGGCAGUUGUUUUUAGCAUUGACGGUUCAUUGACAGCAUCCGUAUCGGUCAGUGCUAAAGAUCCGAAAGUUCGUGCCGGUGCUAUUGAUGUGGUACGAUUUUGGCAAGAACUUGGCUAUCUAAUUGUUUAUAUAACUGGUCGUCCAGAUAUUCAACAACAACGUGUGGUUUCAUGGCUUUAUCAGCAUAAUUUUCCACAUGGUCUAAUAUUUUUUGUCGAUGGAUUUUCAACGGAACCAUUAAAACAUAAAACCGAAUAUCUAAAAACUUUAAGUCAACGAAUGGAAAUUUUAAUUCGUUCAGCAUAUGGAUCAUGUAAAGAUAUUUCUGUUUAUCAAUCAUCCGAUUUGAAACCAGAACAGAUCUAUAUUGUUGGAAAAGUUUGGAAAAAACAACAAUUGUCUAUGGCUAAUAUUUUAACCGAUGGUUAUGCCGUCCAUUUAGAACAACUUCGAAAAAGUUUACUUGGACGUUCAAAUUGUCAACAACAAGUAAAUUCAAGAGUGACAUUGCCUAAAGGUGCAUUCACUGGUCUACGAAGUCGUUAUCAAACUAAAUCUGUAAAACGUACCAUUUCAUAUCCAAUUACGACUAUUGCAGCAAAUAAUAAUAAUUCACCAUCAUCAAAAGUUGUUCCUGUUUUAGUUUUGGCUAGUAGUAAUAAUAAUCAAAGUCCUAGCGGAACAGGAACAAGUUUGAAUUUUACAAACACUUCAUCAUAAUACUUUUUUUUCAUUUUCUAUUUCACUUUGAUUGAUCAAACAAACAAUUUGUUUUUAAUCUGUUUUUGUUUUGUUUUAUUUUUCAUUUUUUUUAUUUAUUUAUUUUUUUUUUUUUUUGAUAAAUUCUUAGGAUCCUUGAAUCCCCUUUAUUUAUCACAAAUUUGAUAUCGGAAUCCUCAUCUGUUGCUUUUGACCAAAAAAAACAAGAAUUUAUAAACCCGCACCUGUGAUAUAUAAACCAAUAUAAUUGUAACAAAAAAAAAUUUAGUAAUUAUCAUUGUGUUUAGAUUCGUUAACUGUAGAUGGCGCUAUGCUGUCCAUUUUUUAAAAAUAAAAUUAAACUGAAUGAA